UGGAAACAUACUGAACGCUCUAGAGCUUGUCUUCUGUCCUGGCUGCUGUAAAUUCGAAUAAGAGCGGACCGCAAUGGAUGAGGGCCCACGCUACCCGGGCUCGCUAGUGUGGUAUCAUGUAAAGCAAAGAGCAAGGGAGGUUGCAGCCAAAUACAGGAGGCAGCGGAAGCGUGCUACAGAGCUCCCACGCGUGGUUUCAUUCCUGCUGGCAUGGGAGGGCGCCCUGGUGGCUGGUGCCUUCCUCACCGCCAUAGCACAUGUGGCAGCCUCGGCCUACAUGAUGGAGCGAUUCGAUGAAAGAACACGCCGCACAAGCCUGAUUCGCUACUACCAGCAGCGGUGCGCCUUAGCGGAGGAGGCGGUGCGAGACCUGCAGACCUCCAUUUCCCACUACUCAGCCC